AUUUCAAAAACAAAAAUCCAAGCGCAUUUUUUUUUUCAAGAACAAGAAUACAAAAAAGGACAACAGGAAAAUUUAUUCCUCAAAUUAGAAAAAAAAACAAAUCAUAUAUAAUAAUUAAUAAGAAUUUUAAGAAAAAGUUGUGAAAGUUAAAAAUUUGUGAAAAGUUUUAAAUAUUAUUAAAACAUUAAAAAUUAGAAAAAAAGACGCGCUUUUAAAAUAAACAAAAUGGACAACAUUUCUCGUCGCCUAUCGACAGAAGACACAGCUACUUCGAUGUACUUAUCAUUUGAUGCCGAAAGUACCAUGUCUACUGCAUGUUACAAAACUUUAGAAGCUAUGAGUGAUAUCUCAUCCCUAUCUGCCAUCGAUAUGGAAGAAUCAGUGAAUAAGAGCAAAACAGGAGAUAUGAAUAGCACUUUGGAGGCUCGUAAUGAUUCACAAACAUUAAGUCCUUUAAAAACGGUAAAGAAGAUGGAAAUGCCGGUGAAAUUACACACUCCACUGAAAGCAUUGCCCAAAAAUAUUUUAAAAGAAUAUAAAGCCCUAUGUUCAACUCCUUCCAAGGAGCAGCUAUUGAAAACAGUCGAUGUGACACGUGGCUCAGAUGCCACUAGAUGCGUAGAUUUAGGCUUAGCGUUUUUGGGAGUGGAAGAUGAAAAACCUGCAUAUUUUCCUCCUCCACCAGUAGAAAUAAAUGAAGAAAAUAAGGAAAAUGCUUUGCCGGAGACAGAUGAGGUUUCUACUUUGUCGACUUGUUCUUCUGUAGAAAUAACAGCUACAUCAGUUAUUGAGAGAAAGAUGUUAACUUCAGUAUCUACAGUCGGUUCCAUAACCGAAGAAGAAUCUUUGGAAGAAGUAAAAAUUAUGAAACACGUAGAAGAAAUUUUGGUUUCAGCUGACCAUAAAAAACUUGUUUCCAAUAAAUCCUUAUUAGAAGAUAAGGAAAACAAUGAUGUACUACAUUUUAAUGAACAGAAUCUUGAAACUACUCCCAAAGUUAAAGUUGAAAAUAUGGAAGAUGCUGCUGAUAUAAAAGAAGUUGUUAAUACGGAAGAGUUUGGUAUACAAAAUGUUGAAACAACUCCUAAGGCUAAAGCUGGAAAUAUUGAACAUAUGGACACAAUAUCAGAAGACACUCCUGUAAUCAAAGAAUCUGACGAUGAAAAGAAAGCCCCCGUUAAGAAAUCUUCGUCUAAACCUAAAAUUGCCGUUUUAGCUCGAAAUGGACGACGAUCUGUAUGCGAACCGAAUUUGCAAGCAAAUAAACCUUCAAGAAUUUUUAACUCUGUCAAUAAACGACAAUCUUUGUUGCCUACAAGUCGAAAAUCCACUAUGCCAAUGGAUGUUGAAAUUGAAAUUCCAAUGCUAAUGGAUAAAAUCUUAAAAAUUACUAAUUCUCCAACGAAAACCGAAAAAGUUGGUGCAAAAGAAACGCACCAGUUAAUAACAGAUCAGAAUAAAUCAACACCGGCUGAAAAGAGGCGCUCUAUUAUGGCUUCAAUGAAAACUCGUAGUUCAUUAAUACCCUCUGCUGCAGGGGAUAAAAGGCCAUUCAGUUUUACACAACGUAUGUCUGUAGUUGUAAAAACUACCUUAAACAGUCCAGCUCGCAAAAUUGCACGUAAAAGUUCAAUGGGCGGUAUAAUGACUUCACUUCAGAGGAGAAGUGUAAUCCCACAAAAAGUGUCAACUAUUGAGAACUCUAAAAUAAAAAAACCAGAAAUAAAUGCUCGCCGUAGCAUGCUAUCAAAAACAACUGCUGUUCCCACAAUCUCUAAAUCUAAACAUUUGGUUCCAUUAGAAGAAAAUUCUGUUAAACCUUCUACUAUUCCGCAAAGACAAUCUUUAUAUUCGUCAGCCAAAAAUUUAGAAAGAGCUAAAAUGAAUUCAAUUGGUGGUUUAACACACAACAAACCAGACAUUACUUACACGUGUAAUAUUUGUAAAGAGAAAUUUCGUAUAAAAUCAUUACUUGAUGCUCAUAAGCGCUCCCAUGAAAGCGAUAAUGCAACGCCAGCAUUUAUUAAAAAACCGACACCUGUCCUCCUCCAUUCGAGCGGAUCAAGUACAGUUGCAAAUUCAAAUCAGUGUAAAUAUUGUGAUAAAAAAUUUGCUCUAACUAGAGCAUUACAUAUUCAUCUUUUACAAAAUUGUUUGAAAAUUCCGCCAUCAGAGAAAAGAAAACUUCAGUAUACUGAUUUGAAUCAUGUUGAAAAGGCUCAAUUACCAAAUGUUUUUGCACAUCAUAAUUCACAAAGUAGCGCUUCAAGUACAGUUUCUUCUACAAAUGCUACUCCUCGACAUGCUUUAAAGCCGAAUACAUUAUCUUUUCCUAAAAGUUCAUCGGAGUCGUUGAAUGAGAAUAAAGAUAAACAAAAGAAUGCAUCGGAUUUACUAACAGUGGAUGGAAAUAAUACCGCGAUAUCUGGUUCUGUUCAAAAAAUUAAGAAGGUUUCUGCACAUGCCGGAGUUUAUCGCACUCCGAGUAAAUCAGUACCAUGUCAUUUAUGUAAAUUAACGUUUAAGAGUAUUUUAGAUUAUACUAAUCAUAAUUUAACAACUCAUGGUAGCAACAAAACAAAUAUUACAGAAGAUAUGGACAAUGAAAUUGUUGUUGAAGAAAAUGUAACAACCAAUAACUAAAUUUCAUAAAUAAUAAAUAAAUUUUGCAUUUGAUAAUAAGAAUAUAAAAAAAUAUGAAAAUUUUACUGCAAGCAGUAAAUGGGUAAAAGGAAAUAUAUCUUUUUAAGCUUCUUUAUAUUAUUUUCUUUUAUUAAAUAAAUUUAUGCGCUUAAAUAUAAAUAAAACUUACGACAUAUA